GUGACCAUGCGCCGCCUCCCGCGGGCCCUGUUGCUGUGGCCACAGCUCGCCCUGCUGGUGGCCGCGGGGACCCCCGAGGCGCCAGUCAGCGCGCCGCGGAGCCUGGUGUGGGGCCCCGGGCUGCAGGCGGGCAUCGUUCUGCCUGUCCGCUAUUUCUAUCUGCAGGCUGUCAACUCCGAGGGCCAAAACCUCACUCGCUCGCCCCCAGGUCAAACACAAUUCAAAGUAGUAAUUAAAUCUCUUUCACCUAAAGAGUUAGUCCGGAUUCAUGUCUCCAAACCUUUGGACAGGAAUGAUGGAACAUUUUUGAUGAGGUAUAGGAUGUAUGAAACUAUCAGUGAAGGGCUGAAGAUAGAGGUUCUUUAUGGUGAUGAACAUGUUGCCCAGUCUCCCUAUGUUGUGAAAGGACCGGUAUACCACGAGUACUGUGAGUGUCCAGAAGAGGAUCCUCAGGCUUGGCAGAAAACUCUUUCUUGUCCAGCCGAAGAACUACAGAUUGCAAAAGAUUUUGCAUCUUUCCCCAACAUUAAUCUCCAGCAGAUGCUAAAUGAAGUUCCAAAAAGGUUUGGGGAAGAGAGAGGUGCCAUUGUUCAUUACACGAUUCUCAAUAACCACAUCUACCGGAGACCUUUAGGGAAAUACACAGACUUCAAAAUGUUCUCAGAUGAGAUUUUGCUAUCACUGGCAAGAAAGGUCCUUCUUCCAGAUUUAGAAUUUUAUAUUAAUCUUGGAGAUUGGCCCUUGGAACAUCGAAAAGUCAAUGAAACACCUGGUCCUUUACCUAUUAUUUCAUGGUGUGGUUCUCUGGAUUCACAAGAUAUUAUCCUUCCAACGUAUGACAUCACCCACUCCACACUUGAAGCGAUGAGGGGUGUUACAAAUGAUCUCCUCUCUAUUCAGGGAAAUACAGGGCCUUCCUGGAUCAACAAAACAGAGAAAGCUUUCUUCAGAGGUAGAGACAGCAGAGAGGAGAGGCUCCAGUUGGUGCAUCUGUCCAAGGAAAAUCCUCAGCUACUAGAUGCGGGAAUUACAGGGUAUUUCUUUUUCCAAGAGAAAGAAAAGGAACUUGGAAAAGCUAAAUUGAUAGGUUUCUUUGAUUUCUUUAAGUACAAGUAUCAAGUGAAUGUGGAUGGGACCGUGGCUGCCUACAGAUACCCGUAUCUCAUGCUGGGUGACAGUCUGGUUCUGAAGCAGGACUCACCAUAUUAUGAGCAUUUUUAUAUGGCACUGAAGCCUUGGAAACAUUAUGUUCCUAUUAAAAGAAAUCUUGCUGAUUUACUAGAGAAAGUUAAAUGGGCCAAGGAAAAUGAUGAAGAAGCCAAGAGAAUUACAAAAGAAGGGCAAUUGACUGCCAGGGACUUGCUACAGCCGCUCAGGCUUUACUGCUAUUAUUACAGAGUACUGCAGAAAUAUGCUGAGCGCCAGUCCAGCAAACCCGAAAUACGUGACGGAAUGGAACUUGUUUCUCAGCCAGAUGAUAACACAUCCAUCUGCCAGUGCCACAGGAAGAGACCUUUAAAAGAAGAGCUUUAAGUCAGCCCGGAUUUACACUCCUGGGUAUGCCAGCUAGAUCCUACAUGGAAGCGUUCAGAUAGAAUCUGAGCUGUGGAGAACACGGCUUGAAAGACUUUACCCAGAGGACUAGUUCUCUUGGUGGCUUUAUACAAUGUGGGUGGAUAGAGCAGUUUAGAGCAAGUAUUACCAAAUAUUUUCAGAUAUUUUGAGUAAAAACUGCUAUUAUCAGCAUCACAGUUUCUCUAAGAAGAAAACUUGGGGAUCAUAGUAAAGAAGCUUGCCAAAAUAUAAAUCACUCUCUAAAAAACCAUAAACAUCAUAUUUAUUGGGUUGUUUUCAUCCCUUGUUCACUUUCACUCUUCCUCUUCCAGUUAUGAAGAAAAAACAUUUGUGCAGAGUUCUCCGCCCACCCCCUUUGCACAAUUUCUCCUCCUACAAGCUGCUUUUGACAUUCAGUAAUAGCAAGCCUCCUCUUGGAAGGGUCUGAUAACAAUAGGGAAGAAGAGGAUGACUUUGUUAUUAAUAGUACCUGGGAUUCUAUGGAGGGAAUAUUUUUUAAAGCUCACUCAUAUCUUUUUAGCUAAGUUUUACUAACACCUGAGACAAAAGUAAGGAGAAAUGUGCCUUAAACUAAUAAUUUCCAAUCUCUCUGGGUUGUACACUCAUCAAGGACAACACAGUUAUUGAAAUAGAUGAGAGCACCCUAUGGGGACCAUUCAUUAUCUAUAUAUUGAAUAAAGAUAAUUAUAGUCAGGUGGGGAUCUGUAAUUCUUUUUAAUAUUUUUAAGGGAUACUUGAAAAUCUCUGCAACAAGCUUCGGAAGCCUGGUAUCUUGAGAUUCACUAAUAAGCUGACAACAAAGGCAAGCAUGGAUUCCUCACUGCACUUCUCCUCUAGGUCAUUGGGUUGCACUGCUAAGAUAAAAAAAAAAAAGAAAGAAAGAAAAGAAAAUUUCCUCUGCCUUUUAGGACAGGGUCCAAACUUAAGACUUAUAGCCUAGAAAUUCAUUACACAUUCCUUGUAAUACCACCAAUACAAGCUUCAGUUACCUGAAGACCCACACUCCCCAAAACAAGAACUAUCCACACUCCCAAUCUCAAAAUAUUUACUCCCCUCAUUGAAAUAUUUAUUUAAUCUGGAAAACAAUGUAACCACUUUAAAGUAGUCGUAUCUAUUUUUUUUUUUUU